CCAUCCAUUUCUCAUCAUGGCUUCAGACCACCAAGCAUCAAAGCAGAAGCCAGCCAGCUCCAAGAUAGUUGUCUUCGAACAGGAGAAUUUCCAGGGGCAUCGCCAUGAACUGAACGCUGCUUGUCCCAAUUUGAAGGAGGCUGAGCUAGAGAAAGUUGGCUCCAUCCUGGUGCAUUCGGGCCCGUGGGUCGGCUAUGAGCAGGGGAGCUGCAAAGGGGAACAAUUUGUCUUUGAGAAAGGAGAAUAUCCCCACUGGGACUCUUGGACCAACAGCCGGAGGAGCGACAGCAUCUCUGCCUUGAGGCCCAUCGAAGUGGACAGCCAGGGGCAUAAGAUCAUCCUCUAUGAGAACCCCAGCUUCACCGGAAAGAAGAUUGAGAUAGUUGAUGAUGACGUGCCCAGUUUCCAUGCUCACGGCUACCAGGAGAAGGUAUCCUCUGUGCACAUCCAGAGUGGCACGUGGGUGGGGCAUCAGUAUCCCGGCUACCGAGGCUACCAAUACCUGUUUGAAAAGGACUACAAGGACAGCGCUGACUUUGGAGCCCAUCAGCCCCAGAUCCGGUCGGUGCGGCGCAUCCGGGAUAUGCAAUGGCACCAGAGAGGGGCUUCCCAUUGUGCCAGCUAA